UUCAAAACAAAACAAGUAAACAAACAAUGCUUGUCUUGGGAUCUUGGGUCAACAAUUGCGACGUUUUAAGCUGAUCUUGAGAGUUCACGGUCACAGGUCGAAGCUGAGAUGAACGCAAAAAAAAACUCUCGAUCUCACGUACCGGAUCAAUUAUUACUUCCCACAUUCUGCAGAUUUCAUUCCAAAGUGGAUAUCAAGACGGUGGACGAAAGGGAUGAGGAACGAAAUGCCGCUGCUGAAGGCCAACUCGGAAUUGGUGUCAAAACAAACGAUGACAAAAAUCAUACAAUCAAGAAAUUUGAACCAAAUAUCUACUGUUCCUGCAAGAUGGAACCGUUUGAAAAGUAUCUCGUCCAUCUGCCGGACUUUCCGUGGGACAAAAGCGACCCCAAUCGUGCCAGAGCUGCCACGGAAGGAGCACAGUUACCAUGCCGCAUCUUACUUCCUCGACAAAUUUUUUUUCAUCGAUGAACUGCACAAGCCCCUGUGCGCAGCCCUGCAAUGGCGACACCUGAGCUGCUGGACACGGAAUUCUACGACUGCAGUCUCUGGUUCUCCGCAGAGGCCAGCAAGGACGAGGAAGGUCGGCUGUUCGACCUCACCAGGGCAAUCCGCCUGGUCUUCCUAAUGGAAAACGCAGGACUUUCCUUUUGGAAUGUGCUGGACGAGGCUGUCCAGAAAAGAGACAAACCCUUGUUGGUCGACUGCACUUAUUUUGUCGCCAAUUACUCUAUCGAAGAGGUUGCUGCCCACAGGACUAAGAACCCUCCAAAGGAAGAUUGGAAACCUGAAGAAUUUCUGCUCAACCCGGGAGUUCUGUGGCAGCUCCACUGCAACCCUGUCCUGUUCAACCAGUGGCUCAUGACCGCCCUCUUUGCCGUCCUCAACAUUGAAAGGAUCCGCACAGCCCUUCUCAGGUACCUGCCCAUCCCUGAGAAGGUAGCACCGGUUGUCCGAGACCUGCUGGUGUUCACCAGAGAUUUGCACAAAAGGCUCAACUACGGGUUUUUGCUCCUCGGCCAGCAAAUCAAAAUUUAUCCGCGGAAAGACGAGCAACUGACCAAACUGAUUAUGGAGGACGUGGUUGCACCUUGCGUGGCCGCCCUCAAGGUCAUCUUGGAGAACAAGCACUACACAAUGGUCUAUAAUAUGUUGAAAGUUGCUAUCUUUCCUGGAAGUGAAUUGGGAAAAAGAGGAAUUUACAUGGACCCUGGAAACUAUUCCCUGGACUCGGAGAACGAAAACUUUGACUUCGUUUACUCUCUCAAGUACUGGGUUGCUGAGGCGCCCAGGAAUUGCUUCGGUGACCUCAAGACCAAAAUCGAGGAUGUCAAGAAGAAAAUAAACGAGAGCAAGAAAUUCCCUUUUCUAGAGAAAUUGCCGAUCGUCAUCAGUGACUUGGACAAAGCUGCAACAAAAUGGCACAGAAUUGCAACUCUAUACCAACUUAAUAUUGACUGCAAAGAUGAAAUAGAAGACAGUGACCGAUUCAAAGCAUACCUGACUAAUUUGCAAGAAAACACGAAGAUGAUCUGCUGGAUUCUGGAAUCCACCGGUCUGGAUAGUAGUUGCAUCCUGACUUUGUUGACUGAGGAGCAACUAAUAUUGCUGAAUCAUGUUGAAGCAAGGAUUAUGGUCACAGAAGAUAAACUUGACUACUUGAAAACCCAGAUGGAAUGCACCCCUGAGCUUAAACAGAAGGCCAUUUUGAACAUUGAAAAGUUGGGAGAAAACCUUUUUCAAAAUGCGGCAGCCGAGCAUUUGAAGGAGUGGGAUGGACACAGCUUCAUCCCCACUGGGUAUGUCCAAAUGCUUGACCAGCAGGCUCGACUGCAAAACCCAAUUGAGGAACAAGUGUUUCAACUGGCAAAGCAGAUGGUCUAUUCGGAGCCCAAGUACCCAGACUGGGCCUUUGUCUAUUUCAUCCUGCCACCAUUUGUGACCUGCUUCCGUCAGAAACCCUCUCAACUGUCCGAGUUCUUCCUGGAGGAGCUGCUUUCUCUCCUCAACAAAGAUCUCGACGCUUGGAGGUCGGUGCUAGAAUUUUCUGUCACCAACAGAAACCUGUCCGGAGACUACGUCACGUCCCUCCUUGCCCAGAGGAAUACUUUGCUGGAAAAAAUCUGCAAAAUCUUGGCCAGAAAGUUUGGAAACACCUGCGCUCCCAUCUUGAAAUUGAGCAGCAAGCUCUUGGACGUUGAGGCUGAAAAAGCCGCCUCCAAGCACCCCACUCUGCACCAAACCUUUUCCACUUGGACAGGUCGAGGCGCCACCUGGAUCGACAUGAUGAGUUUUGCGCUGACUGAGGCUGCCGCCAGAUUCGCGCCAGAUCCACAGUUGCAGCUCAAAAGUCUGUUGCUGGCAAUUUUCUGCAUGGUCGAUCUGGUGUGCUUGAACGAGUCGAAAUCGGCCAAGCACGAAGCCCAGCGAGAUGACCUGCUCGCGCGCCUCCACGCGACCCUGGACCCGGCCUAUGCGGAGUUGAUGGGAGAAAAGCAAGUUCCAAACAAGAAGAGCAAACUGGACGCCACCGUUUGGCAAAGGCUCGGUGUCGUCGUCCACCUGCUUUACGAGAUGUGCAAGGUUGCGCAGGUGCCGCAGAACUUCACCCCACCCCCCAACUACCCUGAGGACUCAAAAGUCAUCAUCAAGCAUUUUAUUCAGAAGGACCUGUCCAGGUUGAGGAAUGCGGUCGUCGCCCUGUGCCUCGGCCUGAAUCGUCAGGACCGAACUUCGACCCCGACGCAGGUCAUGAAGGAAUUUCCUGGAAAUCUGUUUCACCCUUACCUGUGGAGGAUCAAGAAGGGCAGGAUCAGGAGCUGGGAGGAGGACCUGCUGCUGCCGGUCAAGCACUGUCGCUUCUGAGGCAAAUUUGACGACGCGGCCGAUCUGGUCAUGUGCAGCGCUUGCCAGGACGAUGACGAGUACCCUGACGUGACCUGGUUCUGCGGGGUCGAGUGCGAGGCCGGCGCCAUGGAAAAGACUCAACACUUGGAAGAGCACGACACACAUUUGGUCGACAAGAUCAGUUUUUAGAUUGGAUCUUCAAAACAUUUUUUCUAUAUUUUUCUAUGCUCAAAAGCAAUUUAUUGAAUUAUUAUUAUCAAAAGAAUUAAACUUAAAAGUUUUUGCGUUGCAUUAUCACGGUUCUGGUUUAAAACUGGAUUGUGCGUAAAAGGAGUUUAAUCAAUUACUCACAAAUCUUUGCAUAUCUAUUUAUUCAUCAAAGACUAAUUGAAAAAUAAAUGAGUAACUUUAUAACCAUAUUAAUAAUUUAAUAAGUCAGUACCUUUAUUAAUAACCCAUAGAGCACUUUUCUUGUCUCUUCUAAUUUGCGAACCUGGCCAAGGAUGGUCUUCUUGACCCGGCAGGACACAUCAGAUAAACGGGUCACAUGUUUUACUGAUUGCAGGUAGCUUGACAAAAGCUUCAAAGUGACAAAACUGCCUUUUG